AUGACAUCUCUAGCUGACUGUACAGAGGUGGAGCGGCAGCUUCAGAUCAGCAAAGACCUCUUUUCGUACGGGGAAAAGGCCCUGGCCCUGGCCCUGCAGAAUCGACCAAAGAAUACCAAUAAGCAGUAUCUCCCCAAGCAGAGAGAAGGGCGGGACUUCUGCAAGGAGACUGGCUUUGAAGAUGGGGAGAUGGUGACAGAGAGAAAGCUGGUCUGGUUUCUGGAGGAGAAGGUGCUUUGUCGUCCACUGCAGGGCUCUGUUUAUAAGAGCAAGAGAGCUCGUACGGACAGGGAUGGCAACACUGUGCUGCAGACUGUGGGUAAGAGCACAGUCAAGCUAUAUGUGGCAGCCGUGGUGGAUCUGUACAGAUUUCAGAAGAGCAGAGGAAUCAACUCCUCUGAUCAUCCACGUGGACAGCUGGUCAGUGCAGUUCUUCGUACGCAUGAAACCAAGGAGUCUGUACGAAAGCGGGCACAGUAUGUGGAUCGGGGGGCCAAUACUCUGCAGGAUGGAUACAAUGAGAAGAUGAUGAUUCAUCUGAUGAAGUUCUGCUGGACUGGCUGGUAUAAAAAUGAUCAAACAUCUGUGAUGAGCCAUCUUCGUACAGGGCUGAACUUCCUCAUGAAUCACAACAUGCUUCUGCGGGGGGAGACAUCCCGUACGGCACAGCUGCCUGACCUUUUCACCCUUCAGCUUUCAAAUGAGGGGCCCACUCCAUGCUGGCCUAUGAUUCUCAUCACAGAUAAUGGCAAGACCAACCAGCUGGGGCGGCUGGAUUCGUACGAGCAAUGGCAGGGUUUGAACCACAGACUCAGGGCAACUACUUUCUUCCUCGAGCCACCAUCCCCCCCCCCCCCGAAGCAGCUGGAGGCUGCCAUCUGGCCAUGGGUGGAUGUCUGGCUAGAUAGAUUUGAUUCGUACGAGAGAUUGAGCCAGAAACAGAGACAGACACAGAGGAGGGAAAGAGAAGCAGCAGAAAUGGAAGAAGUGAAGGAGACAGAGCAAGAAUUGCCAGAGGAUGAACAAGACUUAGCAGCUCAGGGAUUUCUGCGGCUGCUGAAGCAGCUUCGUACAGUGAUUCUUCAGGACUCUGUGCUUCUGCAGAGGCAGUUCCCUGACCACCCUCUCUGGUCAGAUGCUCUCUUCGUACGAGAGGAUUAUCAGAAAUAUACUCUUCAGAUUGUUCAGGCUCUUGAGACAGCUGUGGAGCCUCAGGAGAUUCAGAUUCAGCGAGUAGUACCUGUCAUUACUGAUCAGCUGAAAAAUGUGCGACAGGAGAUGAUUCAGUCCAUUGAUAAGUGGGGUUAUGAGAAUCAACAGCUGCAGCAAAAGAUGGCUCAGCAGCUUGCUGAUCUAGUUGAUGGUCAAAUCACCUUCUCCAUACGGGCAGUUCCUCAGAGCUCUGCUGCUCAGAAUUCAGUGAUGAAUCUGGCUGCCAUUCCCUCUGCUUUCUCUCUGCCCUCCUCUUCUUCUACUCUUUCCAGAGACAUCGUACAGAGGUCAGUGGAGUCAGAGAUGGAGAUGAGACAAUCAUCAUCUAACAAUGCUGAAUCUGUGGAUCUGACAGCCACACUUCUCACCUCUUCCUGGACAGGAAAUGGCUAUUCUCUUUCCCGUACGAUACAGUCAGUGCCUGAUCUGUGGCGGGAGUGGACCACUGGUCUGGGGGGUGGUCCAUCAGUGCAGAGCCUGGAGGAUCAGGGAGGCAGCUGGCGCAAGAGCUCCUCCAAGGAGCAGAUGAUGUUCUGCCGGCGAAAGAUCAUCAUCAAUGAGAUUCGUUUCCUACUAUACAGUGUAUUCUCUCACUACAGCUGGCUAUCGUACGAAGACAACAGAGGGUGGGCUCUCUCCCUCCUCGGUCUCUCUGGCCCUCAGGGCCCCCAUCGCAUCCUCUUCGUGGCUGAUCAACAGCUGAGUCCCUUCACCCGCAGUCCACAAUCCAGGGCAGUCCUGGGUCUCCCAGGGCAAGAUGUACCCUCUGUACGAGGCAGCAUGACAGAGCUGCAGGUUCGAAGCCACCGGCCAUCGUACAUCAAUGCCUUUCUCAUUCAAUCUCGCGGCCGGACGGAGCCACAUGCAUGCCUUGCCUGCCGGAGUGCUCAUCCAGGUCUUCGGCCAUUCCCACAGAAUGCCGUCGCCUGCCUGGCCACUUUGGUGGAGCUUGUGGCAACUGCAAAUGGCGUGAUCAUGCCAUUCGCUGCUCCGUACGAGAUGGGGAAGGGGUGGAGGUGA